GAAAAUGCUAAUGAGCCCCUUCAUUGAAGAUGUGGGCUCUUACCAAUGCGCUUUCUGCGUCUUUUCUCUUGGACAGUCAGUGGGGUUUCCCUUGAAAAAUUUCCACCCUUUGUGAUAAAACGGGCAAAGGGUGGGGGAGUUAACAAACAAGCUUGGGGCGCAGGAUUUAACACUAAAUAUUAAGGAGAUAUGGGGAAUUUAACUCUUUAAAAAACAUGAGACGCAGUUCACGGCUUGCAAACAAAUUUAUGCAAGAAAAAACGCGACAUGACCGGUUUUUGCCACAGGCGAAUAGACAUGAGCAACUUCAGAAGGACUUCAUGAAUUAAUGAAAGCGGCGGCUGUGAGAGUGGCCAAGCCGCUCGGGAAGUUCGCAAACAAACAUGGGCACGACUUUCGGACGUCUAGUGGGUGGGUAAGGUGUAGCGGGGAACCGCGGAACGUGAUGAAAUCCCGUCCAGGACAUUUUGCUGUGAUCACAAAGAGUCCUUUAUAGACGUAACCCGAGUCGCCACGUCAUGAUCCGGACAAACAGGUCGCCUAUAGCUUUCGCCCAUCGCCUCUGCUGUCACUUACAUCUAGCGGCGCCGUGGCGGCGACAAGCGGGAUUGAUACGGUACCUGCGCACCUGGAGCGCCGCUCCGGCAUGGUGCACUCAGCUCUGUCAGUGAGAUAUCACUAUUUUUUAUUUCGACUCUCGUUUUUUUAAUUUUUUAAUGAAAACGAGAUUUUAAAAGCAUACACAAAUUCUACCGGAUCUUCUCCGACUGUUCAAAGAUACCGUCCUGCCGUCGCAUGGUGCUUUGCGAGAAUGACUUUGUUAGACUGAUCCGCAAAAGUUGCGAGACAAAGUCCGAAUGGUUUCCGACGGCGGACUAUAUGGAAAUUGUCGAAAUCGGCAACGAAAUACUUUGUUCGUAUAACAUCGGGAAGCGGCUUAUCGGGACCUGUAAGCAAUGUCGCGUAUUGGUAAUGAGGACGAGCUAUGCGCAGUUCUUUGUGGCGGCAAUCGUCUGUAUUUUCUUUAUUCUGGUUUUGUGCUUCAAGAACCUGCCACCUCCGGUGCCUCACAUGCGCCUGCAGACAGGUGGGCCACCUGGCGUCACUGUCCUGCUGUGGUGGUACCCCUUCGGGAGCCAGUGCAAGAUGCCUGACUGUGCAGCCCUGUACGGGGUCCAGGGGUGCAGAGUGACGACCAACAGGAGCUUUUACGCGGGAGCUGAGGCCGUGAUCAUUCACCACAGGGACAUCCUGGGCAACGUCAGCAGGCUUCCCCAGAAUCCCCGACCACCUGCCCAAAAGUGGAUUUGGAUGAACUUUGAAUCGCCGAGUCAUACCUCCAACUUGGAGGAGUUGGAGGGAAUUUUCAACUGGACAAUGUCCUACAAGCUGGGCUCUGACAUAUUCAUGCCGUACGGCUCUCUGCAGCGCAAGAAAACCUCGAAACCGGAGAAGCUGCCACAGAAGAACAAGCUUCUGGCUUGGGUCAUUAGCAACUGGAAUGAGGACCAUGCUCGGAUAGCCUUCUACUGGAGGCUGAGCAGGUACAUAAACAUCGACGUCUACGGCCGCGAUGCCAUGAGCCUGGUGAAUGACAGUGUGGUGCAAACCGUCUCAAGGUACAAGUUUUACUUGGCAUUUGAGAAUUCUCAGCAUCCAGACUACAUCACCGAGAAGCUGUGGCACAAUGCCCUGGGUUCAAGCGCAGUGCCGGUGGUCCUGGGACCGUCCCGCUGGAACUAUGAGAAGUUCCUUCCAGGCAGUGCCUUCAUCCAUGUGGAUGACUUCAGCAGCCCCAGGAUGCUGGCCAAGUACUUAAAGUUCCUGGACAGGAACCCCUCAGCGUACAGGCGCUACUUUAGUUGGAAGCGGACGUACCAGGUUCACGUCACGUCCUUCUGGAACGAGCACCUCUGCGCCGUCUGUACGGCCGCCAGGGCCGCCAGGUACCAGACCAAAGUCGUUUCUGAUCUCGCUGGAUGGUUCAAUUCAUGACCAUUGCAGACUGGUCUAAAGUUUCAGAUUUGCCAAUAUUUAUUUUUUUAGAAGAAUGAUAACUUAACCAUUAAGCUUUAAGUACAUUUACUUAUCGGCACAGGAAAGCAGAAUGACAGAAUCUGAUUAAAUGAGUUCUUCGUUUUCUCCAUCCUGUGGACUGAUGAAAUGUGCUUGUCUGUGUGCAAGAAAUAUGAAUACCCUGUCGUUUAUUUUGUUUCAGAGAGGUUUAACUUGAAAUGUCUGUGAAACGUUGACAGUCACAUUGCCCUCAGACAGUCCAUCAAACUCAUGGUUACAUAAUAAAGGUGCAUAUUGACAAGAA